AGCGGAAGCGCCACGUCAGGGGGGCGGUGCGGGGCCGAGCCGGGCCGAGCCGGGCUCGGUGCGGGGCUCGGUGCGGGACCCUGCGGGGCUGAGCCAGGCUCGGUGCGGGGCCGUGCGGAUCGCGAUGCCGGGCUCGCUGCGGAUCGCGAUGCCGGGCUCGCUGCGGAUGCUGUGCCUGGCCGCGCUGCUGGGAGCGCUGGGGGCCGGCGGCACGGAGCUGACCCUGGAGCUGCCCGACAGCGCCCAGCGCUGCUUCCACCAGGAGCUGGAGAGCGGCAUCAAGUUCAGCCUCGACUAUCAGGUGAUCAGCGGGGGACACUACGACGUGGACUGCUACGUGGAGGACCCCAACGGCAAAACCAUCUACCAGGAGACCAAGAAGCAGUACGACAGCUUCUCGCACCACACCGACCUCAAGGGCGUCUACACCUUCUGCUUCAGCAACGAGUUCUCCACCUUCUCCCACAAAAUUGUCUACUUCGACUUCCAGGUGGGCGAUGAGCCGCCCAUCCUGCCCGACAUGAACAACCGCGUCACUGCCCUGACACAGCUGGAAUCCGCCUGUGUGACCAUCCACGAGAUGCUGAACGCGGUGAUCGACUCGCAGACCCACUACCGGCUGCGGGAGGCGCAGGACCGCAGCCGGGCUGAGGAGCUCAAUGGACGCGUCUCCUACUGGUCAGUGGGGGAAACCCUCAUCCUCUUCGUGGUCAGCAUCGGGCAGGUGAUGCUGCUCAAGAGCUUCUUCACUGAGAAGAGACCCAGCAGUGGCAGGGCUGGCACCUAGAGCUGCGUGUGUGCCCGAGGGGAGCGGGGAUGGGCGGCCCUGGGGUCGCACUUUGCCUCCGGUCCGUGCCGUGGGUGGGCGGGGGGUGGGAGCAGGGGUGACCCUGCUGAGCUGGGAGACACAGGCAUCGCCCAGCAUCACCUCCCACCUGCCCUGUCCCCUCGCCUGGCCACCCUGUCCCCCUUCUCUGGCUCUCUGGGAAGCAGCUGGGACCAGCAGCAGCACCAGCACUGGGGCACCCUGGUGACUGUGACGUGACUGCCAUGACCACACUGCCCCUCAGAGCCCCGUGCAGCCACCGAGGGGAUGGGGCACUGCUGGCCCAUCUGGGGCACCACUGGCCCACCUGGGGCACCGCUGGCCCACCUGGCACCCACGCAGUGCCCUCAGCCCCAGGAGAGCUGCCCCUGGGCUGGGGAUCUGUCUGCACCCCAGCUGUCCUGUGGUGGGCAGGGUGCUCUCAGCCACAGCAACAGCAGCAUCCAGCGAGGGAAGGCUUUUUGCUGGCUGGUCCUCUGGCUCUAGCAGCCCCUCCCCUCCAGCAUUUCUCAGGCUGGCAGCAGGUGGUGUGCCCCUUCCAGCUGGUGUUUUCAUACUCACACCAGUCUGUGCCUGAGGCUCAGCCCCUCACACAUUCCCCCAUCCUGUGGACACCCUUUGCCAAGGCUGCUCCAUCCCUGCCCCAGAAGCACAGAGGACCCACACACACACCUGGGACUGCAGCCCCUCAUUCCCUGGAGCCCCACAAAAUGGAGAUCCCCCCAAGAGCCUGGGGUGACACCCCUGUGCAAGACCUUGGAGUGGCUGGUGUGCUGGUGCUCAGGUCCUCAAGCAGGUGUGAGAUCAUUUUUCAGAGCUGCAGCAACUCCACUUGACUUUUACUUUGCCGCUUUGAAAUAAAUCCCUGCAAGCAUG